AUGGACAGAAGGCGGAUGGCGCUGGGGCCUGGCUCCCGCAGACGGACUGCCUUCUUCUUCCAUUCGAGAUCGCUCGUACCGAACCUCCUUGCCUUCUUCCUGGGUCUCUUGGGGACUGGACCAAUACAUCUGCCGAUGCCCUGGCCGAAUGGCAGGCGACAUCGGGUCCUGGACCCCCACACGCAGCUCAGUACCCACGAGGCCCCAGGCUGCUGGAAGCCUGUAGCUCCAUGGGGGAUGAAAGCCUGUCCGCAGUUUCUGCUGGAGUGGUCAGCCUCUGCCGGAAGGGGGCGCCCUUGUCUUUUUAAUGGUCCUAGCACACUAGUGGAAUAA